UCAUCUCUAAUAGCGUGUGUUAAUUUAUUUUUUUUUUUCGCCACGAGAAGUCAGAAUAACAUGGUUAAAAUCAAAAAGAAAUCAAAGCCAAAGCAAGAUCCAGCUGCCAUGGAAGUGGAGGAGAGUAAACAAGAGGAAGCGCCAUCCAAUGACUCACAACCGGAGGAAAAUGACGCUGAGGAGCCAAAUCCCUUGGACAACGACGACGAUGAAAUGGAUCUGGGCAAUUUUAAAGUCACAUCCAGUACCUCCGCACCCACCAAAAAACGCAAGAAGGGAAUCAUUUAUAUAUCCAAUAUACCAAAGCACAUGAAUGUGAUGCGCUUGCGGGAAAUCCUGGGAGAGUUUGGAACCAUUGGAAGAGUUUACCUGCAGCCGGAGAAGCUUUCAAGUGCAAAGGCAAAGAAGAACAAGCGGAAGCGCUACAACAUCCACUUCACCGAGGGCUGGGUGGAGUUCGAGUCGAAGCGGGUAGCCAAACAGAUCGUUCCCCUGCUGAACAACAAGCAGAUCUCUACGCGAAAGAAGUCGCAGUUCUAUGACUCGCUGUGGAGCAUGAAGUACCUGCCACGGUUUAAAUGGGUGCACCUGACGGAGCGAAUGAACUAUGAACAGGCGGUGCACAAGCAACGGCUCCUCACUGAAGUAUCACAGGCGCGUAAAGAAACAACGUUUUUCCAGAACAAUCUCGACAAGAGCGAGUAUCUCAAGAAGCAGGCCAAAAAGGCCAAGAAAGCUGAGAAGGCUGGAAAGAAUUCGGCCAAAGGCGAAAGUGAGGCCUGAGCCCUCUUUAGACUGUUCUAUCUAUGUUUACCUGAUCGGAAAUAUACUUAAAUUAAGCAAUA